UACCCCGGCUGCGGGCCGGCAGCGGCGGGAGUCGGGAGCGCGGUCACACAGCACGGGCGCAGGAACGCCGCCGGCCCGGGGCAAGGCGGGGCUGCGGAAGGGAAAUGUGACCCCGGCGGGCGGGGCUCGGGGCCGCGCCCCUUCCGGCGGCUGCUGCCGGAACCGCGGAGCGAACGGGGCGGACGGGCCCGGGACACCGCCUGCCUGAGCUGCCGCUGCGCUCCCUCCCGUCCCGUCCCCUCAUGGCGCUGGAGCGGACGGGCACCGGCCCCUACCGCCGCCCGCUCCGGCCUCCCCCGCCCCCGUCUCCUCUUGGUUCGCCGCUCCCGGCGGGGAUGUGAGAGGGGCCGUGACCGCAGGUUCAUAAAAUGGAAUGCUUGUUGCUUUUGCUUUAUAAAUAGAAAUCUGCUGUAAAGAAUUAAUUUUCCCCAUAGUUUAUCUAAACCUUUUAAAAUAGACAACUUUAGGAGAAUUAAGAAACCUAACUUGAAAAUACUUAAGAAGUGAAUGCCUCUGGAUCUUGGAACAAAAUUGGGAGUUUAUAUGGACGAAAUGCUGCGACUGUUCUCAAACUCCAUUACAGACUGAUUUCAAUUGUUGCAUCAUUUUUUUGUUGAGUGACAGAAGUUCUGCUCCUCAUUGAUCAAUGUGACGGUGUUCAGUAGUUUACGAGAUGAGCCAAACUCGUGGGAAGUAUGACUUCUGUAUUGGUCUGGUGUUGGCUAUGAGUUCCAGCAUUUUCAUUGGAGGAAGUUUCAUCCUGAAAAAAAAAGGUCUCCUCCGGUUAGCCAGGAAAGGCUCCAUGAGAGCAGGUCAAGGUGGUCAUGCAUACCUUAAGGAAUGGCUGUGGUGGGCUGGACUUCUUUCAAUGGGAGCUGGAGAAGUAGCGAACUUUGCUGCCUAUGCUUUUGCACCAGCUACAUUAGUGACUCCUCUAGGAGCUCUCAGUGUUCUUGUAAGUGCCAUUCUGUCAUCCUUCUUUUUAAAUGAAAAACUUAAUUUACAUGGAAAAAUAGGAUGUUUGUUAAGUAUACUGGGAUCAACUGUGAUGGUAAUCCAUGCUCCACAAGAGGAAGAAGUAGAAACUUUGGAUGAAAUGUCCCACAAACUAGGUGAUCCAGGUUUUGUGGUCUUCGCAACGCUCGUUGUGAUUGUGUCUUUAAUUCUGAUCUGUGUGGUGGGACCUCGCCAUGGACAGACCAACAUUCUCGUGUACAUAACCAUUUGCUCUGUAAUCGGAGCCCUGUCAGUCUCCUGUGUCAAAGGUCUGGGCAUCGCUAUAAAGGAACUUUUUGCAGGAAAACCAGUGCUGAAACAUCCCUUGUCUUGGAUUCUGCUGCUAAGCCUUACAGUUUGUGUGAGCACGCAGAUCAACUAUUUAAACAGGGCUCUGGAUAUAUUCAACACUUCAAUAGUGACUCCAAUAUAUUAUGUAAUCUUUACAACAUCUGUUUUAACUUGUUCUGCCAUCCUUUUCAAGGAAUGGCAACACAUGGCGGCUGAUGACAUUAUUGGCACUCUCAGUGGCUUCCUGACUAUUAUUGUGGGGAUCUUUUUAUUGCAUGCCUUCAAAGAUGUUAACUUCACCCUAGCAAACCUGCCCCUCUCUCUGCGGAAGGAUGAUAGAGCAGCAAAUGGCACUUUGCUGAGCGCAUAUGACAACUUUAAUGAUGAUGAAGAAAGUUCUGCCUGCCUAGGUGAAAUGCAGUCCACUGAGAGUCUCUCAGCCAGGAGAAAUGGAAGCCUGUCAGCCUUCUGAAAAUAUCUACGUGUUACUUAAGAAAAGAACAAUUCUGUAACCCUGGAAUUUUUUUUUUCUGCUGUGAAAUGUCUGAGCUUGUCUGGAAAUUCAUGUACUUUUUAACAGUAUGUGUAGACAAUCGUUAAUUUUUGAGUUCAAUUAGUUUGGAUAAGAACACUGAAAUGUUUUUUAUUUGCCUUAUUUUUACUUUAAAAAGUACUAAAAUGACCUCAGACCACAGUUGGCUUUGUUUAAGUUAUGUGUAAAUACUUUCAUUUCAUUCUUUUGUUUUUAAGAUGUAUUGCACUAAUUACAAUUUUAUCAAAAAUAAAUGGCUUUAUUUCUGCAUUGGUGGUAAAAAA